GUUUAAUGAUUUUAUACACGUACUGUAUUUUCCUGACAUUUUUUAUAAGAAUUCGUGGCACAAUAGAUAGGUGUGAUGUCUGGUACCGCCUGUUACUAGAUCGCGACAUUACCGUGUGCGCGAAGAUAACGAGCACGUUUAAGCUUGCUCGUUAACGUAAAACAUGUCUACUGUAAAUCGUUCUACGUAAAUGUGUCAAGUUGAGGUUCGUGUUUGAAAGCAUAUUGCCAUCGGAGAACUUGCCUGCAUUUUACUACGAACUUUGGCACAGAUCAAACGAAACUUCGAAUGUAGUAUAUAAGUAUUCACGUGCUAUUGAAUAUGUCGAAUCUGUAGCUUUCAAAACUGUACGGUACAUCCGGGACUCGCGGUUCAAUAUUCCAAUCACUAAGCGACGCCAAUUCGCCGUACUGCACAUGUAUAGCUACACAGGGAACCAAACUGCCGGUAGAUUUUGGAGCAAUGCUUGAAAUACGUAUUUUGAAGGUGGAGAACCCAUCCUGUCUGUGGGGAAGGUUGGUGAAAGGUAUCGAAGGGACCGAGAAUAAAAAAGAAUAUGAUGAUCUGCAAGUGAAAAUGAACCUUUUCUAUCAUGAGGUCAACCUUGAUGUGCAGAAGGUCAAACCCUCUUCGAUUGAGGAGGGACAGGUGUGUGUGGUGUACUGGUCUGCCUUGAGGAGUUGGUGCAGAGUCAUCAUCGAGUCACUAUUCAAGGGCACUACUGGAACCAAGGCCAUGUGUUUCCUAGUUGACCACGGAGAACGAGUCGUUGUCAGCUAUGAGGAGAUUCUGGCUCCUUUGGAGACGUUUCUGCAGCUGCCAUUCUGGGUUAGAAAGUUUAAGCUUGCAGGAGUCCUACCCAUGACACUGCUGGUGUCCGGAGACUGCCUGCAGAAAGCUGAGCUAAUACCUUCGACGCAGUGGGACAGCUCUGCCACACGCUAUCUGCACAACCUUUUACGCGCUUCUACCCAGAUGGAGGCAGUGUUGCGUGACACACAAGCAGAUUGCGAUUCCAUAGAGCUCUACUUGACCGUCAAAAAUGUGAAGAUCUGUGUGAAUGACGAACUUGUCUUGAAGAAGUUUGCUUUCUUCAAAAGCCAGAAGACCGAAGAAACCGAUGAAAAUGUUGACAGAUCCCCUGCUAUUUUAGCUUGUGACAUCUUUUCCGAGACACAGAACUUUUUGGCCACAGAUGGUUGCACCGUAUCAUCUCGUUCAGAUUUUUUCCCUCGUCUGCAGGACCCUACUGCUGACGCUAAUGUGACUGAUCAUUGCCAGACAACGCCCAGGCAAAAGGCACCUGUUGAGUUUUCGAAGCCAAAGAAAAGCCUAGCGAGUGGAGGAAAGCCCUUCAAGGGAGACAAGAAAGCAGUGCAGAACGUGAAAUCAAAGACAUUUUCGGAGAUUGAUGGCGAUGAAGAGGCGAGCGUUAAAGAUGCAGGAGAAGACGGCAACACCUCUUUAGUGUCGGAUCUGUUACAAAAUCUGAAUCUGUUCAGAUUGAUGAAGUUCCUGAAUCCUGCUUCCAUCACUCCAAGGGCUGUAAUUCCCAACGGUGGCAUUAAUGAAGAUGAGGGAGGUGCUGGUGAGCAAUUCUCUGAGAUUUCGGAGAAAGAACCGGUCAAUGCAGCUCAACCGAUGGAACCACAGACUGAAGCAGCAGUAUGCAAAAGUCCCACUGCUGAACAUGAGGAACAGCCAUGCACUGAACUAAGUGGCCUAGUAGAAGACGGGACACACGAGUGUAACUUCGCAAAGCAGCCUAUUACUGACGUAGAGCUCGCCUGUGCUCAGCUGUUGCAGUUUCUAAACCCUGAUCCUCUAAACCAAACUGGAGAUUCCUCUGAAGCAGUUUGUAGCGACCCGAGCAAGAACGGGAUUGUGGUGCACUCGGCCAUCAGCCUGGACGCCUGCACCAGCCUGGCCAACGCACCCAUCACAGACACCUUGCGCAGGAUCUUAAUGAGGAAGGGGUAUUCCGACCCGUCUGUGGCUGAGAGUUACUGCUGGCCGGCAGUGGCCCGAGGAUGUGACACAGUCGUCAUCUCACACAGCGGAGACAGACCCCUCACCUACAUCCCUCCUUUCCUGGCCCACAUGCAGCUCUCCUCAGUCUUCAGUGCCGUCUCUUCUCGCACGGGGCCCAUAGCGGUGAUCCUGUGUCCUGGGUGGGAGAAAGCCCAGGCUGUGUUUGACCUGCUGGAAGAGAGCCAUACCGUCCAGGACCUCCAUCCCAUGCUUAUACUGGUAGGACUGGGGAAGGAUGAGGCAAAGAAUGUCAAGAUCCAGAACAACUUCAAUGCUGCAAGCCAAUUUCCGGACAGGACCAAGUCUAUACGCUGCUGCCUCCUCUAUCCAGGCCAGGUUAUAGUGUCCACUCCCUUCACCCUGGCGCGGCUGCUGGGUUCCCACUGUUUCCAGUUGUUGAGGCUGUGUCACCUGGUGUUGGACGAGGUGGACCUACUUUUCUCUCGAGCCCCGGAUGAGAUGGCCUCCAUCCUCCAGCACUUUAAGAAGGUGACCGCCGGUGAAGAACGGACGUCGUGUCCAAGACAGAUCAUAGCCGCGGGCAAACGCUGGAGUCCCCACUUGGAGGGCCUGCUCCGUGAUCACAUGAGCAGCCCCGCCGUUGUCAUCACGGUAACGGAGGAGGCCGCGCUCUAUGGCAACGUGCACCAGAUGAUCCUGCUGUGUCUGGACUCCAGCAAGAUGUCUGUCUUGCUGGCAGGACUGGACUUGAUUCCCGAUGUGGCACAGAAGACCCUUUUCAUCACCAACUCUGCUGAGGAGGUCGAGCAGGUCUUCAAGGCUGUUUCCAAAACAUCAGCGUUCUCCCUUAAAGCCCACGAGGGCUUAACCUACCAGUUUGACUUUGUCAUUGAGCAGUGGAAGAAGCCCAUUGGACCUGGCACACAUGUCAUUUUGGUCACAAACAACGAGUGCAUCAAAGCUCUGGGUAUCCGGGAUGCCACGUGUGUUGUUCACUAUAGCUUCCCAAGCUCUCCAAAGCUGUUUGGCCGUCGUCUAUUCUGCAUGUCUGAGAACUUCCGGAACCUUUCAGACGAGGGGACUGCUGCAGAGAGCCAAGCACCCGUUGCCAAGUCCGUGCUGCUGCUGUCUGAGAAAAACGCCCAUCACGUGAUUGGUGUCCUGCGCUAUCUGAAGCGUACAGAGGCCUUGCUGCCUACAGAGCUGCUGCACUUUGCCCAGGGAGUUCUGCAAGCUAAAGAGGAACAGAAGACUGACAGGCCCCUCUGCCUCUACCUGAAGAGCUUUGGCUUCUGCAGGGACAGCAGUGUGUGUCCUGAUCGACACAGCAUCAGCCCCACGUUGGACCACCCAGUGCAUCCAGAGUUGGGGACUAUUCUGGUUCUGCCCUUGUACAUAAAAACAGCCUCUGUCUACUAUGGGCGCAUAGUGAGAAAGAAGGAAGACCUUUAUGAGAGCCUGGCAGAAAAGAUGACGGCGUACUAUGCCACUGAGAAGCUGGGUGCUAAUGAGGUGCUAGAGGGGGGUGUCUACGGACUACAGGAGGAGGAGCUUUACCACAGGGUGCGAGUCACCUCUGCGCCAGACAAAGGCGACCGUCUGUUCAACAGCGUGAGGGCGCUGUUCCUGGACGAGGGCCGUGAGCAGGAAGUGAAGGCCCACCAGCUGCUGCAGCUCCCAGCCCAGUUCCACAGUCUGCCACCCCAGGCCCUGGAGAUUGUCGUCUGCAGGGCCAUGCCCAUCGAUGCUGAGGUUGACUGGAACCCCAAGGUGAUCAGAGCCAUCAGUCAGAAGAUCAGAGGCCAGCAGCACCAAGCCAAGGUUGCUUUGAGUUUGAGAAACACCGUGUUUGUUGAUCCCAUGGUGAGAAUGACCCACAUGCCAGGCUUGAAGACCUUCAUAAAUGAGUACAACGUCCACACGGAGAUCCUGAGCACUGGGAUGGGUACCAGCAACCCGACACACCUAGACCGGCUGAAAGAGCUCUGUCAGAAGGCUGGGCCUAAAGCCAGUACUGGGGAAAUCCCUCUCGGUACUGGGCCUGACGGCUCUGAGGCGAGCCUAGAAGACAAGGUGCAGGCUGCCGAGGAGGCCCUAGUCCACAGCAUGAGGGCGGCUGUCGAGAAUCUACACGAUGGCUCAGGAGAACCGUCCCAGCGGCAAACUAUCGCACUUCAAGCCCAUGAAGAUGUGCCUCUCCUUCCUGUGGACCCAAAGGUGUCCGGUCAUUCGUCCCAGCCUCCCAUUAACCAGGCCCAGCCUCUGCCCAAGCCACAGACCAAAGUCCCAGUUGCAGUGGUGUCCAAUCUGAGCGAGGCCGAACCACCAACACUCGUUGACAAGAACCAGAUACCCGCCCCACUCCCAACACCUAGCGAGGACGAGAUGCCGGCCACAACACCCGCAGACCCAAAGGCAGUGCAAUGGAGGUGUCUUUUGGGCAACCUGAACGGAACCACUCACCAGCAGGGGUAUUCUGCCCUACAGGGAUUUCCCCCUAGAGACUGGAUUUCUAAUGUUGAUCACCCUGUUGCAAAUGGUCAUUGGAUGGACGACGAGCAAAUCGACAGCCAGAAUGCCAUCCACACGGAGGACAUCAUCCGUGUUGACAAGAUCAACACAGAUGCACCAAAACGUUUCCACCCCCAGAUUAAGUGGUUUCAGAGAGAAGACACUGUCAUGCUGAACGUGUUGCUCAGGGAACCAGUUGAACAGACAUGUGAAUUCUUCUCUGACAGAGUGGUGUACAGUGCGCGAGUGAACGACAAGCUGUACCACGCUGACCUGGAGCUCCACAGCAGCAUCUCUGUAGACAAGUGUUCCUGGGAGAUGAAGUGUAAUGAGCCGGUCAUCAGGCUAGUCAAAGAAGAGAGGGGAAGCUGGAAGAGGCUCCUCAAACAAAAGAGUCCUUUUAUUAGUUUGGACUUCAACCGCUUCGAGGACAACGCAAUGAAAACCUCAAAUGGUCUCUGUGUUGUUGGACAUGCAGGGGAGGAAGGCUGCUACUUCACCUCAGACAGUGACAGUGACAGUGACUGACCUCAGACGCAUGGCCCUAUACCUCCCUGGUCCUCCCUUUAAUCAACACUUGUGACAAUCAAAAUAACCAACUGUUUGUUUUGAUGGACCUUUUAUUAAUUUCAUCUUGAGACACAUUGCUGCAGUCCUUUGGCUAUUUUAAGACAUUUCAUAGGACUGUUCCUUAAAGGUCAACAUUGGGCACAAUGUAUUUUUUUUCAAACUUUGCUUUCUACAUUUUUGAACAGACGUGGGGUGUGCUAUAAGUUACUACCUGUUGCCAAAUAGUGCUUUAGUGUAGACACCGCUCUAGUUUCAAGGCUGAGGGAGAUGAGGAGGUCAGAGUGCUGCUUACUCGUUCUUCUAGGAUUUGUUUUUAAGGGCAAGGAAUCUGUGGAGGGGUUUUUGGUUUUAAGAAUUAAAUUACUUUAAAGUUUAAAGAUGUUUUUCAGGCAUUUUCUUUAAAAGAAUUGUUUUCUGGACAGCCGUUCUGCUAUCAGACUGUGGAGUUAUUUUAGAUACAUCAAUGCUGUUCCAGCUUCAAGGGAAUGUUUGUUUCACCAUUGGGGACUCAGGACGAUGAGAGCUUUAACUGGGCUUAGUGGGACCUGUCGCACCUUAUGGGUGGGACGGCCAAGAGACCAAAGCAGCAGGACCGUUCCCCCUUGCUGCUCCCUUGGCAAGCAACAUGGUUUUGUAGUAGAUUGGAGUCUCAGAUGGAAGCCAGUGGUGUUAGCGAAGGAGUGGUUGACGUUACCCAUAAAUGGGGACAGUUUAUUGAUUCAUAAAGAGAGGUUUGGAAACCCUGGCCUUAUCAGUUUCCAGACCUAAACCCGAAGUGAGAUGUUGUAGGGGUACCUGAAGUUAAGACACAAGUUGUUGAUGAGCCAAAACUGUUCUGUGUGGAAGAGUUGGACAACGUUGUACAGUAAUGUGAAAAACUAAACUACAUUGUUUGGUUACAGUGCAUACAGAAACUGUUCAAACCCUUAAAAAAUCAUCUAAUAGCUUGGGGAGUCGCUAGAGCUAAACGAGACUUUAGCGUGGUGGGCCAAAAUUCCAAACCCUUCAGUACUUUGUUGUAGCACAAUUGGCAGUGAUUACGGCUUAUGAUAUUCUUAGGUAUGGCACUACAAGCCUAGCACCUGUAUUUGUUUCUCUCAUUCUUCCCUGCAGAUCCCUUCAAGCUCUGUCAGGUUAGAUGGGGAUAGUCAUUACAGAGAUUUCUCUUCCAUCAGGUUCAGUCUGGGCUCUGGCAAACAAGGAAAUUGUCUCAAAACCAUUCCUGUAAUGUUUUGGCUGUGUGCUUAGGGUCGUUAUCCUGUUGAAAGGUGAACAUUCACCCAGUCUAAGGUAGUGAGUGUUCUGGAGUAGGUUUGCAUCAAGGAUCUGUCUGUACUUUUCUCUAUUCUUCUUUUCCCUCGAUCCUGACUAGUUUCCCAGUCCCUGCUACUGAAAAACCUCCCCAAAGCACGCUCCCACCGUCAUGCUUUCGCUUUAGGGGUGGUAUUGGCCAGGUGAUUUUGGUUUCAUCAGACCAGAGCGGGCUUUCAUCAACUCCAAGCGGCCUAUCAUUGCCCUUCUACUGAAGAGUGGUGUCAAGGUCUGAAUGGUGGAGUGCUGCAGAGAUUGUUGUCCUUCUGGAAGGUUCUCCAAUGUCAAUACAGGAAUUCUGUUGCGCUGCCAGAGGACAAUCAGGUCCUUUGUCAUCUCCCUGACCAAGGAAGUUCUCCACUGAUGGCUUAGUUUGGUGGGGCGGGCAUCUAUAGGAACAGUUGGUGGUUCCAAACUUCCAUUUAGAAAUGGAGGCCUGUGUGUUCUGGGGACCUUCAAUGCUGCAGAUUUGUUUUUGCUACGAGUGUCAACAUCUGUGCCUUGACACGAUUCUGUCUCAGCUAUUCAGGUAGUUCCUUUGACCUCAUAGGUUGGUUUUUGUUCUGACAUGUAUUGUCAUCUGUGGGAUCUUAUAUAGGUCGUUGUGCCUUUACAAAUGUCAAAUUUGUUACAUUUACCACUGAACUCCUAGUAGUACAAGCAUAGUCAAUAGAAACAAUGCACCUGAGCUCAAUUCCCAGUGCCGUAGCAAAGGGUCUGAAUACUUACGUACAUGUAAUA